AUGAAGUCGACAUGUCUCCUCAUCUUGGCUUUUCUCGUGAUCUGCAACUUGACGGUGUCUGAAGGACAGGGCAUCCCUGCUGAGGAUGAGACGGACCGAAGGACCAUAGACGACAUAAUUCUACAGAGAGCAGAAAGCCUCCUGUUACGGUCCAUCCUCAAAAAGAUGCAGGAUGAAGACGACAGAAACGAGGGAUUUUCCUCUCAGCCAGAAUGGGUCACAAAACGACAGCAUCCCGGUAAGAGAUACAGUGAGGAUUUGGAGAAGCGGCAGCAUCCGGGGAGGAGAGAAGAAGACGAGGAUGCUCAGUACUUGGACGUUCAAAAGAGACAGCACCCGGGCAAACGCGAAGAUGACAUGUACUCGUUCAUGGAGCUCCAGAAAAGGCAGCACCCGGGGAAGCGCUCCACAAUGGAACACAUUUCUGACAACCCCGUAAUGCUCCUGAGUGAACUUUCUAAACGCCAGCACCCUGGCAAGCGCUACCUGGUGCUGCACAGCAAACGCCAGCACCCAGGUAAGCGCCAUCCCGAGGAUGAGGAUGGCGAAGGUGACUGGGAUACAGAUGGAGAAGAAGACCUCCCAGAGUUGGAAAAACGUCAACACCCCGGAAAACGGUUUUGGGAUAACUCGAGUCCGGAUAUGGCCACAAACAGUCCGUGUGAUGUAUUGGACCCUACGAGCUGCAGUAAGACCAGUCUGCUGCUCGACUUUUUAGACAACAUUAACAAGAGUCAUGCCGAGGAGAAGAGGCAACACCCGGGUAAAAGGUUUGCGCCCGAAGAGGAUUUAGCGGAAGGAGAGUAGGUUACAGAAAAAAAGCUCUGGUGUGCGUAUACUGCUGUGUUGUAAACAAAUAACUGUGUAAAUGAAGUGACCCUAAUGAAUUAUUAAAAAAAAAAAAAUGAAAAAAGCAAUUCCACCAUCUAACCUUUUGUGCCACUGUUUUUUCUUUGGCAGCCAGUUAAUGUAUCAUCAUCGCAAAAACAUAUACUGUUUGUUUCCUUGGAUAGCUUGCGCACAAUUGCCCUCCAAAUUGACUA